UUGAUUUUUUUGUACGAGCAGCCAUGAUCAGCCGCAACUUCAAGAACGUUUUGGUGGUGUCGCUAGGAUUUCUGUCGCUCUUCACGGCGUAUGGCGGAUUGCAGAGCUUGCAAAGCAGCCUGAAUGCGGAGGAGGGCAUGGGCGUGGCGUCUCUCAGCGUCAUCUACGCGUCCAUCAUCAUCUCCUCCAUGUUCCUCCCUCCCCUCAUGAUCAAGAACCUGGGCUGCAAGUGGACCAUCGUGGCCGGCAUGGCUUGCUACGUCUCCUACUCCUUCGGGAACCUCUACCCGGGAUGGUACACGUUGAUCCCUACCUCAGUGAUCCUGGGUUUGGGUGGCUCACCUCUAUGGUCAGCCAAGUGCACUUACCUCACCAUCUCAGGCAAUGUGCAGGCGGCCAAAGAGGGCAAGAAGGGUCCGGACAUUAUCAACCAGUACUUCGGCAUCUUCUUCUUCAUCUUUCAGUCGUCGGCUGUGUGGGGGAACCUCAUGUCAUCGCUCAUUUUUGGACAAGACACCAACAUAACAAUCAUUUCGGACGAGCAGCUGCAGACUUGCGGUGCGUCCGACUGCGGCCUAGUGAUCACUUCCAACAGCACCACCAGCAGGCCGGCGCAGGAGUUGGUGUGGACGUUGGUCGGAUGCUACAUCGGCGUGGGAGUGCUGGCCAUGCUGAUCGUGGCUAUUUUCCUGGACAACAUCGACCAGGACCAGACGAGCCGUUUCCGUGGCAACCGAGAGCCUUUUUGCCACACUUUCCUCGCCACUUUUCGUCUUCUGAAGGACUGGCGACUGCUCAUCCUUAUCCCGCUCACCAUGUACAGCGGCUUCGAGCAAAGCUUCCUGUCUGGGGAGUACACGAAGAAUUAUGUGACGUGCGCUUUGGGAAUUCACUACGUGGGCUUUGUCAUGAUGUGCUUCGGGGCGUCCAAUUCGCUUUGCUCCUUCCUCUUCGGACGACUGGCUCGCUAUACAGGGAGGGCAUUGCUCUUCCUCCUGGCGGCGGUGGCUAACUUUUCCUGCAUUAUCGCGCUGUUGUUCUGGAGACCUCAUCCUGACGAAUUGGGCAUCUUCUUCGUGUUUCCCGCCUUGUGGGGAAUGGCCGACGCCGUCUGGCAGACGCAGACCAAUGCUCUGUACGGUAUCCUGUUCCCGGCCGAUAAGGAGGCGGCCUUCGCCAACUACCGCAUGUGGGAGUCUUUGGGCUUCGUCAUCGCGUUCGCGUACAGUACCUUCCUGUGUCUGGAGUACAAACUUUACAUCCUGCUGACAGUGCUGUUGUUGACCGCCGUUACUUACCCAGUGGUGGAAUACUACGAGUAUAAGAAUCCAACUAAAGCUGUAGAGGAAGAAUACUAUAAAGAAGGUAUUGCCAUGGAUGACAACAAGGUUUCCUGCCAGACCAAACUCUGAACGAUAAUAAUGUUAGUUGCAACUAUAAUCAUCUCACAAUACUCCAUUCAUGCAUUUUUUUUUUUUUUUUUUUAAAUAUCAUGACUUUAUUCUUGUGAUACUCUAUUAUGUUACUUUUAGGAAAACUUCCUAUGGAAAUAUGAAUUCAAACUACAAGAGAAUUUUAAAUACUGAUGCAAAAGUUGUAAUACUAUCGCUUCAUUUAUAAAUUAUUCUAACUUUAUUACUGUAAUAUUGUGUUUUUUGUUUGUUUUUAAAUUCUGAGUUGUUAAACUGUCUUGCAAAAUGGAGCAAAAGCGUUUUGUAAAAUUGAAACAUGAAACCAUCCAGAGAAACAUGAUUUUAUAUUUUUGUACAUAAAAAAAUCUUAUAUUGUAUUUUCUAAAAAGAUUUUAAAAGACUUUGUAAAGAUAUUAAAUGUUUUUUUUUUUUGGAAGUAUUUUUAAAAAAUAAAAAUAUGGACGAUGUUGAGCAUUACUCAAUACAAACAGUUCAACACUACUAUUAUGUGAACUUAAUUUUAAAUUUGACUUUAAUAUGUUCAAAACACACACACACACAAAAAUCAUUUUUCUGAUGUGAUAAAUAAUAGA